CUUGCACUUGCACUUCACUUUCCUCUCUCUGCUAUUGUGUCUUUACUAUUAUACAAACACAAUACCAUCAUGGCGUCAACAAUACUCUCCUCACGCUCACUAGCCCGCAAAGCUGCGCGGAACAUCCAAUUCGACUUCCUCGCCCCAAGCACCAUUUCCGCCUCGCGCCAGCCCUCACGCUUCCAGAGCUCAUCGCCCCCCCACGACGGCGCAACCCUCCCCCCCAAAUCAACCCCCUCCAAAACCCCAAUCCACACCCUCACCACCCAACAAAAAGCCUUCCUCUCCUCCGCCCUACGCGUAAACCAAACCGGCGAACUCGCCGCGAUCCUCAUCUACGCCGCGCAAUCCCCCAUCCUAACACGCUCGCACCCGCACCUGCGCACCCUGAUGAAGCACAUGUACGAGCAAGAAGCCGGGCACUUUGCGUACUUCAACGGCGUGCUGUCGCGCCACCGCAUACGCCCUACCGCCAUGUACCCCGUGUGGUACGCGGCAGCCUCGUUUCUGGGCUGGGGCACUGCGAUGAUGGGGCGCGAGGCGGCGAUGGCGUGUACCGAGGCGGUGGAGACGGAGAUUGGGACGCAUUAUAAUGAGCAGGUUGGUGUGUUGCUUGAUUGGGCGCGGAAGUGUGGGGAGAGGGGGGAGGGGCUGGGACCGGAGUUGGAUGGGUUGGUGGGGGAGUUGAGGAGGAUUCGGGAUGAGGAGUUGGAGCAUUUGGAUCAUGCGGUGGAGAAUGAUGCGAAGAGUGCGAAGCCGUAUGAGCUGUUGACGGAGGUUAUCCGCGGGGGGUGCAGGGGCGCUAUUUGGGUUAGUGAGAGGGUGUGA